CAGUUUCAGACCCUGCCUCUGUGGCUUGUUAGUGUUUCAGGGGAAAAGGGUAACGCGCACAUCAGACGAGAAAAAGGCAUCAACAUUAACGGCUGAGUUUCUCCUUUCUUACCCAAUAGAAAAUCUGGAACCAGUUCUCUCCAAAUGGAUUUUUCUGUAUUUUAAAGUUUUUUUUUCUUUCCCACCCGUGCAAUUUUGUUGCAUUGGGGCUACUACACACAAAAGCAACGCAAACUCUCGGUGCGGUGGACAGCCGAGGCCCGGGGUCACUGGCUCGUUGCGUUGUACUGAUCACCUUUUUUAAAUGUUCGAAAAGGAUAAACGGUUGAAAAGGGGAAAAUCUGGUGUGUUUGUCUGUUAUUGAAGGAAUAUGUUUGCUUCCUGGCUCACUUUUGCACUUCUUUGGGGAACUUUUUGUGCAGGACCAAGCCAUGGGGAGGCAGAGACCAGGGAGUGCGUGUUCUACAAUGCCAACUGGGAGAUUGAGAAGACCAACCAGAGUGGCCUGGAGCGCUGCGAGGCAGAGAAGGACAAGCGGCUGCACUGCUACGCGUCCUGGCGCAACAGCUCGGGCACCAUCGAGCUGGUGAAGAAGGGCUGCUGGCUGGACGACUUCAACUGCUACGACCGGCAAGAGUGUGUGGCCACUGAGGAAAACCCACAGGUUUAUUUCUGCUGCUGCGAGGGCAACUAUUGCAAUGAGAGGUUCACCCAUCUCCCUGAUGUCAGCGGCCCGCCUGUGAAGAUCAGGCCCCCUCCCCCCACGCCCUCCCUGCUCAACAUCCUGGUCUACUCCCUGCUGCCUAUCUCCGUGCUCUCUGUGGCACUGCUGCUUGCCUUCUGGAUGUACCGGCACCGCAAGCCACCGUAUGGCCACGUGGAUAUCAACGAGGAUCCUGGCCCAGCCCCUCCCUCCCCGCUGGUUGGCCUGAAACCCCUGCAGCUACUGGAAAUCAAAGCUAGGGGGCGGUUCGGCUGUGUGUGGAAGGCGCAGCUGAUGAAUGAGUAUGUCGCUGUCAAGGUCUUCCCCAUUCAGGACAAGCAGUCAUGGCAGAACGAGCGGGACAUCUUCAUCUCCCCGGGCAUGAAGCACGAGAACCUGCUGCGCUACAUCGCGGCUGAGAAGCGCGGAAACAACCUGGAGAUGGAGCUGUGGCUGAUCACUGAGUACCAUGAGAAGGGCUCACUGACGGACCACCUGAAGGGCAACGUGGUGACCUGGAACGAGCUGUGCCACAUAGCGGAGACCAUGGCGUGCGGGCUGGCCUACCUGCACGAAGAUGUGCCCCGCUACAAAGGAGAGGGCCCCAAGCCCGCCAUAGCACACAGGGACUUCAAGAGUAAGAAUGUCAUGCUCAGGGGAGACUUGACUGCCAUCAUUGGGGACUUCGGGCUGGCCGUGCGCUUCGAGCCGGGGAAGCCCCCAGGAGAUACCCACGGACAGGUGGGGACGCGGAGGUAUAUGGCACCAGAGGUGUUGGAAGGGGCCAUCAACUUCCAGAGAGAUGCCUUUUUGAGGAUCGACAUGUACGCCAUGGGCCUGGUGCUGUGGGAGCUGGUGUCACGCUGCAAGGCUGCUGAUGGUCCCGUGGAUGAGUACAUGCUGCCCUUCGAGGAGGAGAUCGGACAGCACCCAUCCUUGGAAGACUUGCAGGAAGUCGUUGUCCACAAAAAGAUGAGGCCGGUUAUCAAGGACUGCUGGCUAAAACACGCCGGCCUGGCGCAGAUGUGUGAGACAAUAGAGGAGUGCUGGGACCACGACGCGGAGGCGCGGCUGUCGGCCGGCUGCGUGGAGGAGCGCAUCUCCCAGAUGGCCCGGCUGAUAAACGCCACUACCUCGGACUGCCUGGUCUCCAUGGUGACCUCCGUCACCAAUGUGGACUUGCCACCCAAAGAGUCCAGUAUCUAAGUCCGUCAUGAGAAGAAAAGGGGGGGAAAAAAGUGAAAACAACAACGACAAAAAGCCAACCCUUGUCUUUCCAGACUAGGUGGAUCUCAGUAAACACUUAAACAAAAAACAUGAUUGCAGCUGCUAUUUUAUCCAGAUGUUUUUUAUUGAUUAUAAUUUUUUUUUGGAUCGGAUCAAUAUUACCAGCACACUGCUCUACUGUAUUUUUCACGAGUGAGAGAAGUAAAUCGACAUAAACGCGAAACGGACAUCUUCAGGGCAUUCAGGUGCCGACUUAUGAAUGCUUAAAAAGGUGCAGGUACCUCAUCUGUUUUAUUUCAGUCAUUGAUUUGAUUUUAUUUCUAGUUUUUCUAUCUUCUCAAAAAAAAAAAACAGAACUGCCUGUGGCAAAAAUAGACCAACGGUACAACAAAACCAACUCUACCAUCUUCAACAAUACAACAAUGCUGCAAAACCUUUG